AUGCUGACCUUUCAGAAGUUAAAUCCACACCGCUUCUCGCAGCAACAACCACAACAUCAUGAACCUCAAAGACUAUCUGGUGUAUACCAAUACCACAACGCUCCUGAGGUGUUACCCGAACAUGGACUCGAGUACGAUGACAACGUAUAUCCUGUCUCGGACAAGUAUCCGGUAACCAGUAUGGACGACUAUCCUGCAAGCUUCCGCGCACAACAGUAUCGCGACACCAACAACAGACCACCUCGGAUCAUUUUUGGGAUGAAGAUGCGAUCCUUCUUGCUCGUGGCAUUUGUGUUCGUCCUCAUAGUGGUUGGUGCGGUGGUGGGAGGCACAGUAGGGCAUAGUUCAUCUCAUGCCACAGGCACUGAAGCACUCGCCAAUGAAAGCUCACCGUCAUCAACGACAUUACAAUCAUCAGGCGGUGUCCGUACAAUCGCUGCAUCAGAACCAACCACAGCCUCCAUGAAGCCGACCAUAUCAGCCACUGCAUCAUCAACAGCACUAUCAACACCAACCUUUAUCCCUCUCUCCGCCUGUCCAUCUGCAAACAACACUCUCUACACCUCAAACCCUUCCACCAACUCUUCCCUAAACCCUUCCGACAAUGCCACAACUGUCGACUUGACAUAUACACGCUACUGCGACGCCAACAAACCUACAGAUUUCAAACCCCUGACUUCUGGCUUCGUAUACACAUUUGACGACUGCAUCGAAUUAUGUGCAACUUACAAUGUCUAUGCUGUUGGAUCGUCAAACUGUAAUGUGGCUGUAUAUGAUGUGCAGCAAGCAAGACCAGUUAAUUGUGUAGUUGGAAGUGCACAAAACGCUAGUGCGAGUAGUCUAGGCGUUGAUGGUGGACUGGCUGUUGCAUUGCUUAACCCUUCAACCUAA